CCUUCAACAAGGCAAUACUCUGACACUUUAUUUAAAUGUAUAUAAUGCACAUUUUUGCCUCCUGUAUACAUAACGCAUAGUCCUUUCUAGAUUUUAUCGUUUCUCUCUUAUUUAAAGAUUUUUUAGUUUUUCUUAGUGUUCUAGUACUUGUAUUUAUUGUUUGUCUGUCUACCUGCUACUGUGACAAGUGGUUUUCCCUGAGGAAUUCAUAAAUAACUUAAAGGAAAAGGGUUAAAGGGAGGUCAUAAUCUGAUGUAAAUCACAGGAUGCGGAGGGAGAUGGAGCAAUGACAUAAUAAACAGACUUUUAUCAGGACUCCACCCACUCCCACCAGUUGGGACACAUAUUACCUUUCUGAGAAAACAUGAGCAUCAGAACUGAAACAGAUCUAUAAGAAGAGGAUUGGGACAUCACUGGGAAGCACUGCACUGGUUCUUCAAAUCAGAGGAGCAUCAAUGGAAGGCACCUAUUAGCAAACUGAGAAUACUUUUUAAAAAAUCCUCCCAUCGAAAGUUAAAGACAGCGGAGGACAAGGGGUUGUUUCAUAGCCUAAAUAUUCCAUAUGGUGUUCUGGACUGAAUAAUUCCAACGGUAUCAUCAGCAAGACACGGCUGUCAGCACAUACACUUGCAGUAUGAACCACUCGACUGUGCAGAAAAUGGCUCCUGGGGAAUUCGAAGGUGGGACGGCUAUAGCUUGUGUGAUCCUGGGCCUGGCCUUCCUGGUGGGGGCUCCGGGGAACCUGCUGGUGAUCUGGACUAUCCUGAGACACGUCAAGCAGCGCUCCCACACUGUGGUGCUCAUCCUGCACCUGGCUGCUGCCGACCUGCUGGUUGUCAUCACCCUGCCUCUGUGGAUCUACUCCCUCGUGCACACCUGGGUUUUUGGAGAUGUCCUCUGCCAGGCCUUGGUGUACAUUGUCUAUGUGUGCAUGUACGGCAGCAUCUUCUUCAUCACCCUGAUGGGUGUGGAGCGCUUUGUAGCCAUCUGUCAUCCGUUUUGGAUGAUGCGCCGCAUGACCAAAUGCAUCAUGAACUCGUGUCUUGUGUUUUUGUGGCUUCUUGCUUUUCUCCUCGGAUUGCCUGCAUUGCUGACCAAGCCAUUGGAUGGAAACGAAGAACCUGAGUUUUGUUUCAUCAGGCAGUACAACUCUGUGACUGAACAGAUCAUCUUGUUUUGUCUUGAGAUCUUGGGGGGAUUUGUAAUUCCUUUCAUUAUCAUUACAAUCUGUUACUGUCUAGUAGCUGCCCAGCUCAGGAGGAUGAGCUACAGCUCCAAACAAAAAUCAAUGAUUCUAGUCCACACGGUUGUGAUAGCCUUCACACUGUGCUGGUUGCCUUACCACGUCAUCAACGCCAUCGAUCUCAUUUGUGGAGAGCAAUGUUUGCCCAUGGAUGUUGUCUUCAGCUCUGGUGCCCUCGCUUGCAUUAGCAGCUCAGUGAAUCCUCUGUUAUACGCCUUCUUCGCAAGAAACUUACGAGGGAGUCUGGAGGAGUCACGUCUGGUAAAGCUGUUCCAGGAAAUAGCCACUCAGUCCAACAGACUCAGGGAGCUGGUAGUACAACAGCAGACUGGCCAGAGGGCAGUAGAUACUCAGGUUGAGCUGAUGUCUGACACUGUGAGACUGAAUCUCUGAAACUGUGAUGAUGGCAAAAUGUGAUACUUGUCUUUUGC